AUGUGAUGGGAAAAAAAACAAACAAAAAAAAAAAAAACAUAGGACGCAGCCUCCGCUAUCGCCUCCGGCUCAGGUGACACCGUGACGAGCAGCAACCAUACCCCUUUUCGUCAUAAUUUUUUGCAUUUUCACAUUCAAUCCUACGAAAAUUAAGGAUCCCUUCUAAUGGGUUGAGGACCUGAGAUACAUGCGACCAUUAUUGAUGUUAUUUGAAGUUGGCUCAGCUAGAAUUUCAGUUAAUAAUACUGUCAAAGGCUCAAAGCACUUGCCAUCAGAAUGUACAAACACAUGGAAAUCAAGAGCAGGCUUUAACAAAACAAAAGUUAAGCUCCAUUGAAAACUUCAGCAAGGAGAUCAUUCGACCAAAUUGCUUGAUUUUAGAUUUUUUUAAUAUUAUAUUUAUUGUUUGAUCGGCAAUGCUUAGUUAUUAUUGUUUCCGUAUGAUUCUCCAUCCAUUUUAUGUUAAUUGUUAUCUUCUUUCACAUGCUAGCAGGACACUCUUCUUAGGAUCUCGCGAGGUUAUUUGCCUUGAACAUUUACUUUGAUAUAAAAUUGAAUUUGGAUUUUUGUGACUAAGUUGUGUUGAAUAGUUUCUUUUAAUUUUUUUGAUGUAAACUAGAUCGUGCUCUUUUUAAAGCACCAAGACCGGGUUUUCUUUUGUGUGUUUUCAACAUUAAUAUAUUUUAUGUUCUUAUCAUCUCAUAUUAAUGAAAAUUCCGCAUUCUUGUAAAUUUUUUGUGCCUGUGAAAAUUUUGCACUCUUUAAUUGAUAGAUUUAUUGUUAUUAGUUAUGUGUCUUAUGCACUUUGCAUAGGCGCACAAUUAUUUAUUGGUGGUUAUAGAUUUAUAGUUAUUAGUUAGUUGUCUUAUGCAAAUUGCACAAGUGCACUGUGCACAAUUAUUUAUUGGUGGUGAUAACAAUAUAUAGUUAUUAGUUAGUCGUCUUAAGCGCAGUGCACAGACACACAAUUAUUUAUUAGUUAGAUGCCCACUGUAUAGACGCACAAUUAUUUAUUGAUGGUGAUAAAUUUAUAGUUAUUAGUUAGUUGUCUUAUGCAUAAUGUACAAGCGCAUAAUUAUAUUAGCUAUAGAAUUUGAAAACAUCUAGUGAAAAUUCCGCACUCUUAUAAUUUUUUUUUUUUUGCGCGUGUGAAAGUUGCCUAGGGCCUCUCAAAAUAUUUGAAAUCUCAGGGCCGGCCCUGUGUGAAAUGCCUGCCUCCAAAGCUAAAAAGCUAAGUUCGCUGUUCCGUUCCGCCAUUAAAACCACCUCCAGAGUCGACGACAGAACCCUAAAACAGUUCGUCUCAUCCAUCGAUUCGUCUCCUGCCACUCAACGUUCCAUUAAGAUUAGGUUACCGCAUAAUAAGCCACUGUCUCCAUCCAACAACUUCGAUGCAGCACCGUCACGUCGUCAUGCAGAGCAUUCAGCGAAGCAACUAUCAAGGGAGAUAUCUGCCUUAUUAUGUGGUGGUAAAGAUUCGGAUUUGGUUAGUUCACCUGAUUCACAAGUGAGCAAUUCUCUAGAAAAAGUUCUAGACAUACCAUGGUUCUCAAGCUUGUCACACAACAACAUCUCACUCCAACGGAAAGAAAUAUCACGUGAAAGAAAGCAAAAGUGGGUUUUUAAGAGUUCACAAACUCAUCGUUUUGGGCGGUUGGUUAGAAUGUGUGCAGAAAAACUGGGUACAGAUGCUACCAUUCAGGUAUUUGGUAAAUUAGGACGAGAAACAGGUAUUAAAGAAUACAAUGCAUUAAUAGGACUUUGCGUAGAGAAGGCUAAGAGAAGUAAGGACGAAGAAGUUUCAUUACAACAGGCUUACAAGGCUUUUCAGCUGUUUAAGUCAAUGAGGGAACAGGGAUUUCCGCUUGAAGAAGAAACUUAUGGUCCCUUCCUUGUGUAUUUGAUUGACAUGUGCAUGGUAGAAGAAUUCCAAUUUUUUUGUGGAGUAAUCAGAGAUGAGAAUCCUAAUUCACUUUCGAGAUUAGCUUACUACGAGAUGAUGCUUUGGAUUAGAGUUGAUAACGAAGACAAAAUUCAAGAGCUAUGCAAUUAUAUUCCCGCUACUGCUGAUGGUGGCAAACCCAACAUUCGAGAGAAUUAUUUGUUAGCUUUGUGUGAAAGUGACCGGAAGAAGGAGCUUUUGCUGCUAUUAGAUAUUGUUGACAUAACGAGAAUUUCAUCGCCAGACCAUGUAGCAACUAUUUUCAAAUCCUUGGGGAGGCUUCUUUUGGAGCCCUAUGCAGAGAAAUUCAUUUUGGCAUUCAAAACCUGUGAUAAUGGAGCUGAAAAUAUCUCAAACUUCAUCUAUAACUAUGCAAUUAGCAUGCCAAAUUUAGCGGUUGAAGAUGUCAUUUUGACAUUCAAAAAUUUGCAUGCAAAGUUGGAGGUGACGCCUUCAUCCAUAUCAUUUGAGAAGCUCAUUAAAUUUUCUUGUGAUUCACUCAAGGUACAUGUGGCUCUUGAUUUAGUUGAUCAGAUGUUGGAAGUAGGUUUGACCUCGUCAAUAGGGAUGUUUCAUUCCUUAUUAGAAGCAUGCGAAGAGGACUGUGAGUAUAAUUUGGUUCGGCGAAUCUAUUCAGCUAUUUGUCGCCAUAAGUUGAAACCAAAUUGUGAGACCUUCAGGAUUAUGAUAAAUUUGUGUGUGAGAAUGAAAGAUUUUGAUGGUGCAUAUGGCAUGAUUGUUGAUCUGCAAAAAAUGAAUUUGACGCCCACAGCUAGCAUGUACAAUGCUAUAAUGCUUGGAUACUUUAGAGAGAAAAACUUUUAUGGUGGCUUGAUGGUUCUCAAGCAAAUGGAAACGGCAGAUGUUAAACCAGAUGCUCAGACUUUCAGCUAUCUUAUAGGCAAUUCUGACCGCGAAGAGAAUAUAAUUAAGCAUUUUGAAGAAUUAAAGGAUGCCGGAGUUCAAGUUACAAAGCAUAUUUUUAUGGCACUUAUACAUGCAUAUGCAGCUUGUGGACAGCAUGAGAAGGCAAAACAGGUAGUCUUGGACAAAGGGAUACCUGUCAAGAACUUAAAUGAAAUUAAAAGCGUGCUUCUCAUUGCUCUUGCAUCACAUGGUCAAAUGUCUGAUGCACUUAACAUUUACAAAGAAAUCAAAGAAGCAAAAUGCAAGCUUGAGCCCAAAGCCAUUAAAUCUCUUAUUGAUCAUCUUCAAUCUGAAGGAGAGUUAAGUAGAUUGCUUCAGCUACUUGAGGAGUUAGAUGAUUCAGAUUAUUGGCAUGAUGGAUGCUUUAGAAUUAUCUUAUAUUGUGUUCAACACAAGCAUUUAAGUUCUGCCAUUGAUUUGCUCAAACAACUCAAGGACAAGUUCUGUAAUGAUGAAGUGGCUACUGAAGUUUUCUUAGAUGAGGUAUUUUGCCAAAUAGCAGAGACAGAACCUCCAGAUUUGCAGAUUGGCCUGGAUUUGCUUCAAGCUAUCAAGGAAGAGCUUGACCUUCGCCCUUCACGAAAAUGUCUUGAUUUUCUCCUCAGUGCUUGUGUUAAUGCCAAAGAUGUACAUGGCUCUCUCUUGAUCUGGAAAGAGUAUCAGACUGCUGGCCUUCCUUAUAAUACCUUAAGUUUCUUAAGGAUGUAUCAGGCCCUUUUGGCUUCAGGAAACCAUAAAUCUGCGACGAAUAUGCUAAAACAUAUACCAAGAGAUGAUCCCCAUGUUCGCAGUGUCAUUAAAGCAUGUCAAGCAACUUACAGCAAGUUCACUUCCGAGAAAGGGAAUAAGAAGAAUAUAAGAUGAACAGUGAAGAAAUGAGUCUGUGAAUGCAAAUGAAGAAAAAAGAGAUAGAGAGAGAUUAAUGUCCAAUCCAACUUAUAGCAUAUCCAAAGCCUUUUAUUCGGAAAACGUUAUUCAUAUAUUAUUGAAUCAUACCAUGAGGUAGUUGGAACCCCCAUUUUACCAUUUUUGCUGCUUUUUUAUCCAUAUAUAUUUUUUAUUUAAAAGGGGAAAAAAAAAAAAAAAAAUACAGAA